GUAUUGUCUUUUUGAGUUGCUUUUGUGACGGUUUGGUCGUUGGCAUUUGUGAAGAAACUUUCCAACUAUACUUGAAUUGGUCUGAUAAAACAAUACAACUUCUUUUUCCAUUUUGGUGGUUGUUUAACGAAGCUGUGUUUUAACAUUAAUGGCACAACGUUCACAAGUGCCCAAGUUUGGCAAUUGGGAAAAUGCAGACAAUGUCCCUUACACAGCCUAUUUUGAGAAGGCAAGGAGUAAUAGAAGUGUGAAGAAAAAUUCAAAUAAUACUAGAGGAAAUCUGGAUAUGUCUUCUGAUAAUCUGUCUCCAGUUCAAGCUCCUCCUUUCCAGAUGGAGAUCAAAUCAGGAUCACAAAAGGGGCAAGAGGCACUAAGGAAAAAGCAUGUGCAGAGCUCAAGCCGAGAGGAUGGUGAUCUACGGAGGCCAUCUGAAUCUCUGCUACACCAUGACCCUGCAAACCGGAAAGAUGCCAGUGGCUUACCUCUUCACCGUGAUGGCAGCGUAAGCUCCAAUGAUAGCCCUAAAAAGGCCACACGGCAGAAUGUAGGGUCUGAUCACAGAAUUGAACACUUGGCCUUAGCCAAAAAUCACCAAGCAAGGGUUGGAGGCAAAGGCAGUGGAAUAUCUUCUCCCUUGUGGCCAAGAAAGAGUUCAACAGAAGGUAGCAACAACUUAGCUCCCUUAAAUCCUGGAAGAUCCCAGAUGAGAUCAGUUACUCGAGGAAAUGACACUCCCAAUCACAGUGCUGCGGUUCCAAAAUUUGGUGAUUGGGAUGAGUCCAAUCCCGCAUCAGCAGAUGGAUUCACUCACGCCUUCGACAAAGUGAGAAAAGAGAAGCUGAAUGGAAAUGGAAUGGAACCAGUUGCCGCAACCCAAAACUCUUCCUCCAGAGUUCGGAAGCGGCAUGACAACAAGACACCCAAGAGGUGUUGGUGCUUUCCAUGGAGCAAGUGAGAUGUGUUUCUCUUUCCUGGAUGAACAUAGUGCAUAGGAAAUAUAUACAUAAAUCAACAGGACCUGAGUCAUGUAUAUUUUUACAUAAUGUUUGAAAGGAAUAAUUUAUUUUAUUAAGUCUUCCUGUAUAUAAUUUAGUUGC